CGCACUUGGUACAUAUUUGUUGCCGCCUCUGCUCUGCUCUCUCUCGCAGUCUUACUCUUCUUGCCGAUCCCAUCCCAGUCCCAAUCCCGGCGCGUGCUGCUCGUCGGUGAUCCGACAGGAGAAAGAUGGCGCUGCCGUUCCUGAGACCAGGCGACGCGCCGGCUUUCAAGCUGCUGGCCGCGCUCGCCGCCAUGUUCGGCCUCAUGGCUGUGCUCGUCCACUCCAUCCUCUUCAUGCGGUUCAUUCAGCCGCUCGGUAUGGACGCCCCGCCAGAUCGGUUCUCCGAGGCAAGGGCUGUCGAGCACGUCCGUGUUCUGGCCCACGACAUCAGCAGUCGGCAGGAGGGAAGUCCAGGCUUAAGAGAAGCUGCUAGAUAUAUUAAGGCACAGUUGGAGACAUUUAAGGAGCAAGCUGGACCGAACAUAACAAUUGAGAUCGAGGAGCCCAGUGUUGCUGGAUCUUUCAACAUGAUGUUUUUAGGCCAUAGCAUAUCGCUUGGGUAUAGGAACCACACUAAUGUUGUCAUGAGGAUAUCAUCUGCUGAUUCACAGGAUAGUGAUCCAUCAGUGUUGAUCAAUGGGCAUUUUGAUAGCCCACUCGGUUCCCCAGGUGCUGGUGAUUGCGGUUCAUGCGUUGCAUCAAUGCUGGAAUUAGCAAGACUUCUUGUCAACUCUGGCUGGGUUCCUCCUCGACCUAUCAUUUUUCUAUUUAAUGGCGCUGAGGAACUAUUUAUGUUGGGUGCACAUGGUUUCAUGACGACUAGUAAAUGGCGUGAUUUUAUAGGAGCCGUUAUAAAUGUGGAAGCAUCUGGAACUGGAGGUCCUGAUUUAGUCUGUCAAUCUGGACCUGGUUCUUGGCCUUCUCGUGUUUAUGCUGAAUCAGCUGUGUAUCCCAUGGCACAUAGUGCAGCUCAGGAUGUUUUUCCCGUCAUUCCUGGAGAUACAGAUUAUAGAAUAUUCUCCCAAGACUAUGGCAACGUUCCUGGCUUGGAUAUUAUCUUUCUCCUCGGUGGUUAUUUUUACCAUACCUCCUACGAUACAGUGGACAGAUUAUUACCUGGAAGUAUCCAAGCACGUGGAGAGAAUUUGUUCAGCUUAUUGAAGGCAUUCACAAAUUCUUCAUCACUAAAAACUGCAUACGAGAGAGAGUCUAUUGCAGCUACUGCCGGUAAACACGAGGACGAUAGAGCUGUCUUCUUUGAUUAUUUAUCAUGGAUUUUGAUAUUUUAUCCAAGAAGUGUAGCUGAUUUACUCCACUGUGUUCCCAUAGCCAUCUUCCUUCUCAUGCCAUUGAUCUUAAGUUUAUCGAAUAGCGGGUCACGCUCAUGUUUUGCAAUAUCCCUUGAUUUUAUGAAAGGGAUAAUUCUUCAUGCUGUUGGGAUAAUACUGGCGGUUCUUUGUCCUGUCUUUUUCUCAAUACUAAGACUACUAUUCUCUAGUCAUGCAAUGAACUGGUUUGCUCAUCCAUUCUUGGCUUUCGCCAUGUUUGUUCCCUGCUCUCUUCUUGGUCUGUUGAUUCCGAGAAUGAUUUGGCGCCAGUUUCCUCUCUCUCAAGAUAAUUCGGUUGCCAAGAUUUCUAAAGAGGUGCUCGCUGAUGAAUCGAGAUUUUGGGGAGCGUUUGGUUGUUAUGCUAUUCUAACCCUGGCUUAUUUUUGUGCUGGCUUGAGCGGCGGUUUCUUAACUUUUUCUCUGUCAGCUUCCAUGCUUCUUGCAUGGAUAUCCUUCUGCCUAGUGGUCAAGUCUAGUUGUUGUCAAUCAUUGAGGUCAACCAUAAUUUACGUGAUACCUUUACUUCCUUGCUUGACAUAUGCUGUCUAUUUUGGUGGGCUUCUCAUCCAGUUUUUAAUUGAGAAGAUGGGUAUGAUGGGAUCAGUUCCUUCUCCCUAUGGGUUUUUUAUUCCUGAUAUCAUAGUGUCAGCAGUAAUUGGCGUUGCUACCGGGUGGUGCAUGGGCCCUUUGAUCCCCAUUUAUGGCUGUUGGUUAGCGAAAUCUUCCAUCUUAAAGCUCUUGCUACAUCUCACUGUGAUUGCCAUGGCUCUGUCAUCUCAGUUCUUCCCGUACAGCAAAGAUGCCCCCAAGAGAGUUGUUCUACAGAAUACAUACUUGACUCACGGUUCUAAUCGGGUAGUGGAAGCCCGUUAUGAUUUUUCCGUAGUGGAUUCCAAUGCUUUGCCAUAUCUAUUCAAGUACGCACCUGAAGUAGCCAGAGAAUUGGAUGUUGGGUCGGACUUUUCACUUGAAGCAGCUGAUCCAUCUCCCCGGCAGACUUUUAUGGCGCUUUUUCCAGUAUCAUUUAUGUUCUCAGGAAGCUUAAAGUUCUCUGCAAGAAGUGACGAAAUUAUGAAACACUACCAGCAUCUGCCCCAUCUGUCCGCUUCCAAGCCGCAGGCUAUUGGGAAAGAAUCUCGUAGGGUCUACGUGGAACUUUCCUUGGGCUCUUUGGAGGAGGUAUGGGUUGCAGUUCUUAAUGUCACCGGUCCUUUGUCUGGCUGGUCUUUUGCGGACCAAGCUCUUCCAGUUCCCGAAACAGCCGAUGGUGGCCCACCUUCAUAUAUUUGUAGACUAAGCGGCUCAAGUUCGGAAAAUUGGACCUUCUGGUUAGAGGCUAGUAGCUUGGAAGAUUUAAGGGUGGAUGUGGCCGUGUUGGACCAAUACAUGGUCGGUGCAGCCAAGAAGCUGAAGGGCCUUUUCCCCGACUGGGUUGAUGUCACUGCAUAUUCCAGCUUUAUGUCCAGCUACACUUUCUAGUUUCUCUUCAGACUAUAGCAACUUUAAUUGGCUUCUUGCAGUCACCUAUAUAUUUCAAUUUUGUCAGGGAUGAUUAACAACAAUUGACAAAGUUGCUUAUUUCUCAAUGCUGUCUUUCCUCCUUUGUGCA